AUGCACCGAUCGGUGAAAAAGAUCCCUCAAAAGGGCGCCGGGCGGGUCAAUUUGGCCAUCCUGGCGUGCCUGAUCCAGCUGGGCUGGCCGCGCCCGGCCCUUGGCUCCGCCGAGGAGAGGUUCGACGCGGUGAAGGCGAAGUAUGGCGCCGUUGUGAGGCGCGUGGCCGAAGCAGUGGUGGAGCGCCACGGACGGAUCGAGGGCCUGCUGUCGGAGGAUGCCUGUGCCUGCUCCUACGAUCCCUGCGGCAGGGACUUCGACUUGCCGGACGGCGACUGCAUGUACACGCGGACGCCGGAGAGCGUGGCUUGUGAAACAGGCCCUCUCUGCGGCCACAUGAAGCUGGCGCCGGACCACACGUCAGUCAGGACGCCGCCCAGCGCUGUGAGCCAGGCAGAGCUGGACCCCAUCGUUGUCAAAGAUAUCUGCCUGACGCAGGGUUUGGAAGGCACCUUCAAGGACGCGGCGAAUUUUACUGGCGAGUUCACUCCGUGGCUAUACUUUGCAGUCGUGGAGACGGGCGUCAUGAGGUGGGUCCAAAGCUGA